AGGGAAAAAAUACGAUCCAUCAAUUUUUUUUAUUAUUACAACCAAAAUCCAAUAUCACCCACCAAAAUCCCAUCCAACACCAGCCCCAAACCUUUUUCAUGGUAUUCCUCAAUUUUUUCUGCGUUCAAUAAUUCGCAGAUAUUUUUUCACCUCUUCUUCUUUUUUUCACAAUUCAAUAUUCGCGCGUUUGUUUGACGGCUACGGUGCUGUCAAAUGAACCUGCAACGACCCAUUUUACCCUUUCUCUAUUCACCCUCCCCUCCUGGCGUCAUCUAAAUGCCCACCAUCUAUUCGUCCUUGUACCAGAAUUUCAUCCGUCAAGGAUUUGCGAAAUCUUUCACCCACGGCUACGCGCAAUCUGUCGUAGCUGCUACUCACCCCCAUGUUCUAAACUCACAGAACCGUCCGUCGUUCGCUCGACGUAACAGUCAGCGAGUCGGACGUCUCUCUAGCCUUCAGCUCCAGAAUGCCUUCCACAACUCUUCGAGUGCCCAGCAUGACCUUCGUCACGAGAAGCAUACCAGUGGCAACCUAGAUGCCUACUUCGAGGCUCUGAGAAAACAACAGGAUACCGGCGACGUCGAGAAGGAAUGGACACAGUUUCAAUUUCUCAAAUCCAUAGAAUGGAAACCGAAUGCUUCAUCCGUCCUUGAGGGUCCCGAGUCCGAGGUACAGAACGCUGAUGCUGCUGAAGCUGCUCAGGAUGGAGUCGAGGAUGUGGCGGUUCCCGUAGAUGUGGAGGCAGCGUUGGCUCAUAUUGAUGCUGCUAUAGAGAAAGAGAUCGAGGUUCGCGAGUUGAGGGAAGCAUUGGAAGAGAGCGCCACACGUUCCCCAAGGGCAUCGACUCCCUCUGUCGCAAGUGGCGUUCGAUCUCGUGCUCAGACUCCCGUCAUCGAAAGGUCGGAAACACCUGCUAGCAUCGCCCGCACCGCAACUCCACCGGUCGACCCCCAAUCUAAGAGCUACGCGGAUCAUCUCACCAAGCUUUCCGAAGAUGGUCGCUAUGCUGAAAUUCCCGCUGUCUUUGAGGCCAUGCUUGUUGCCGAUAUCAAGCCCAUAGCCGCAUCAUACAAUGCCUUGUUGGUUGCUGCUAUCCAGAUCCCCACCGAGAAGAUUGAGGUCGUCUCAAAGGCUCUAGAUGUCUAUGCUGAUAUGAUGCGCCGAAAGAUCACCCCGGACAGCGAUACAUACAACAUCUUAGUUGGUUUGUUGGCUGCUCGAUGCCUGGAAGUGUCUACUCUCAAGAAGGGUCUCGAGGACAAGCGUCUUCGUUUUGGUGGUAUGGAUGAGCCCGGAAAAUUCAUGUUUGCCUCGAAUGAGCUGGAACAUGCCAUUCUCUCAGAGGAUGAUAGACUUGACCUCGCAGUUAGGUUGUUCGAGACCUCCGUUUUGACAGGCAAAGCGAACUACUCAUCUGAGACCUACCAUCAGCUCAUCUCCGCAUGUGCUCAAGCUGGCCGUGUUUCUGACAUGCUCCACCUUUUUGAGCAUAUGGAACUGACUGGUGCUGUUCCUUUUGCGGCUACUUUCCCCUCCAUGAUCACCGCUUUUGCCGGCACAGGUGAUUUAGCUAGUGCCGUCGAAUGCUACAAUGAGUACAAGGAGCUCGCCGUCGCUCAUGACAACGGCAAGUACACGCUAAAUGACCGACUUGAUUCCCAGGUUUACGCUUCAGUGAUCAACGCAUAUGUCAUCAACGAUAAGUUGGAUGGCGCCAAGAAGUUUUACGAGAAGAUCGUAAACUCAUAUGGCGUAGGCGCCGCUCAGAUUCAGGACGCAAUUAUUAGCGGUGGAUUUGUCGAGGCCUUCACCGCUAGGGGAAUCUACCACGAAGCACUUCGAUGGGCUCAGGAGAUCGAGAACAAUGCCCGUUUGAGUGCCUUCGCAGAUAUUGCGACUGCUGCCGCCGAUUUUGGCGACCGAAAUACCGCGGUUACCGCUUUUGCUAACCUUCCCAUUUCGUUCCAGGGUAUUGCAACUCCUGCUAUGGCCUUGUUAGCUCUUAGUGUCCGACAAGGUGAUGUUCCAGCUGCUGCUAGAUACUGGCACGUGCUGAGCAACCCUGAAGUCAAGGUUGACUCGUCCUUCAUUGAGCCAACAGCUAUGUUUGCCGUUGCUAUGAUUGGUUCGGGUCAGGUGGCCGAAGGAUUGGCCGAGUCCGAGUUGAUGUUCCAGCGAAUUCGCGCCGUCGAAAAUGAAGGUAGACCGCACAUCGCCGACGAAAUAGACGAGGGUGUCGAAUUCAUCACACGGUUCAUGGCCACUCGUGGCAUUCCGGAUCCCCGUGAGGUUGCUUCUCAAACAAGUUUCGGCCAGCAAACCUUUUCCGCGUCCCCUUAUUCGUCGACACCUACCGUUUCGAGCUACGAGGAUAACUUCGAUCCCUAUGCUCAUAACACCGACUUCAAGGGUUCGUCUAUCAUCUCAGAUGAGCUUGAAGGUGCCCACGGUCGAAAAGGACCUCGACUUAACGAGGCACUGACUCGUUUCCGCAACAUGCGACGUGCUGGACGUCAUCCAAGGUACAUUACCUAUGCUAAGAUGAUUUCCGCCGCCGCACGAGAAAGCAAGAUGGACCUAUGCCACGAUAUCCUCGCUAUGGCCCGUACCGAUGUCCCUUUCCUCCCGCAAUAUUCUGUUGUUCGUUAUGGCUGGUCCUCUAUUCUCGAUGCUAUGGUUGGAGCUUGCUUAACUCUCGGUGAUCGCGUCCUAGCGGAGCAGUACCACCAUGAGCUUCUUGAGAUGGGAGCCGCUCCCUCAGCUAACACCUUUGGUCUUUACAUUACUACACUCAAAGAAUCAACGAAGACCUUUGAUGAGGCUUCAGAGGCCGUCAAGAUCUUCCACCGGGCAAAAGCUGAGGGUGUUGAGCCUUCAUCAUUCUUGUACAACGCUCUAAUUGGCAAACUGGGCAAGGCUCGUCGUAUUGAUGACUGCCUAUUCUACUUCGCAGAGAUGCGUGCUCUAGGUAUCAAGCCAACAAGCGUCACGUAUGGGACAAUCGUAAAUGCUCUAUGCCGUGUUAGCGACGAGAAAUUCGCAGAGGAACUUUUCGAUGAGAUGGAGUCCAUGCCCAACUACAAAGCUCGUCCAGCUCCGUACAACAGCAUGAUGCAAUUCUUCCUUACUACCAAACGCGAUAAAUCCAAGGUUCUCGCUUACUACGACCGAAUGCAGGCUAAGGGGAUUGCGCCGACUGCUCACACCUAUAAGCUUCUCGUCGAUACUCACGCUACCCUCGAACCUGUCAACAUGACUGCCGCUGAGGUUGUUCUGGACAUGAUUCGCGCCUCUGGUGGAAACCCCGAGCCAGUCCAUUACGCUUCGCUAAUUCAUGCGAGGGGCUGUGUCCUCCACGAUAUGCAGGGCGCGAGAAAGAUCUUCGAUUCGGUCAUGAGUGAUCCAAGCAUCAAGCCUAAUGCUUGCCUCUUCCAAGCAUUGUUUGAAGCUAUGGUUGCCAACCAUAAGGUAGUCGACACCGAGGCAGUUCUAUCCAUGAUGAAGCAGAAGCGUGUAGAACUUACACCCUACAUCGCGAACACUCUCAUCCACGGAUGGGCUGGCGAAAAGAACAUUACCAAAGCUGCUUCAGUUUACAACAGCGUCGGUCGUGAGAAGCGUGAACCCAGCACGUACGAGGCUAUGACUCGCGCUUUCCUCGCUGUAGAAGACCGGGAGAGUGCUAAGUCGGUUGUCGGAGAGAUGCUUUCUCGGGGCUACCCGAGCGCUGUCGUUAACAAAGUUUUAGAGCUUCUUGGCGGUGGCAGUGGUAAUGAAGAGGUGGCUGCUUAAGUUGACUAUAUGGUCAAUUUGAGAGUGGUUAUUUUCCUUAUGUUAUUUUUCUUUGUUCUUUGCUUUUAAUGCGAUACCCCGUGUUGUGCUGCAAGAGGUUGAUAUGAUUUAAUUUCUUUUUUUUUUUUUUUACCGGGGUGGUCGGUUGAAGCGAAGAGCAGCAUAACCUAUUUCUAGAUGACCUUGACUAGACAAGGUUGUCAUAGCGGGCCAGGCGUUUUUAUGGAUUUGCAUGUAAAACGGAUUACGGACGAGAGGGGGCAUCAACGGGAAAAGGGCAUCGGCCAGUGUGUCGGUUUAUAGACAAAUCUCCACUUUGCAUAUACUGCGAAAGAAACUUCCAUUUAUUUAUCUACAGGGACGAGUUAUUGAAAGGGGGACAAAAUUCAAAUGGACCCCUGGGAUUGGGCG